ACAAAAUGUGGCAGUGACAAUUUUGGCAAGCAAGAAUAGACUGGAUUAGAGUUACUUGUAUAGUUCUAUAUGCUUUAUUUUUUUGCAGUGUAACAUUUAGGAGCAUCUAUUGUCAGGAAUGGAAUACAAUGUUCCUAGAUCACCCAAAGGAUGGUAAAAACUGUGCUUUUAAAUAUGGGAGUCGAAGAGAAUGGUACAGCGAUAGAUGUGACAUUGGCCAUACAUUCAUGUGUUAUGAGGAGAAUCUGGUUCUGGUGAAGGAGAAUAAGACGUGGGAGGAUGCAUUAAUGCACUGCAGGACCCUGGAGGCAGUGGACCAAAGUAAGCCAGCCACUGAUUACCAGAACCACCGCUAUGACCUCGCCACCCUGCUCACUGUAGAUGACCUCACCUUUGCACAAGAGACAGCACAAGAGGCUCCACAUGAGGUGUGGACGGGCCUCCGCUACCUGGCUGGUCAGUGGGUGUGGGUGGGUGGAGAACCAGGGCCACCCAAGAAUAUUAACAGCUGCCCGACUCAGAGGUUCUGUGGCAUCCUGAGGAAGAACGGCAGCUUGGAUAUAAGGGACUGCAUGCAGAAAAGGUUCUUCCUCUGUUACAAGAAGCCUUCCUCAUAAAUAUUGUGUUCAAAAGAAGUCCUCUUCUUCCUCCCUGGCUCAUGUUUCAAUUCUGUCAUUACUGAAAUAUUUCUCAACAAAGUCAGUCCUUUCUUAGUUAUAUAUGCAUUUUAAGUAACACAAACUCAACUUUUUAAGUUAAAAAAGAUUCUUGAUUUAAUUUUAUUAGUCAUCUUAAGUGACACUAACUUAGUUUUGUAAUUUACAGAAACAUUCCUGAUUAAGUACUUUUACUAGCUAUUUAGUUUGACAGCACAAGUUGUCACAUAAUAUUCAAUAUCAAGUUAACGUUUUAACUUUCAUGUUAAAUGUCACUGGAAUUAAGUACAAAAAUAUGGUUCUAUCAAAGAUGGUGAUAGGUUUGUCAAAGAUACAGACAGUAUGCAGAAGAUUGCAGACUGGAUUCUUCCUCUUGAUAUGAUUAUGAUGAAAAUCAGCCUACGCUACAGUUUCUCUCAGCUCUACAGAGCCUUUUAGCUCAUUGUUUUGGUCAGAAGUGUUUCCUGUUACAAAAAAAAGUACAUUCUUAGUCUAGCUGUGUGUUGUCUGUCUAUCCAUUAUAAUUAAGAUGAUAAAGAAACUAGUGAACCAUCAGUGAGACAUAAGCAGUGGUUACAGUCAUUUGGAAGCACUGUAUCCAUUUCCUUUUUAAUCCAUGUAGUUUCCUGCUCCUAUCUGGAAGCAGACCAGUUUAAUCUCUGUGUGUGACGUCAGCAAUAAAAGCACAUUAAGCUGGAACUCUGUAGUCUGUUGGUUGCAUUUUGUUAACUUUAAGCUAUCCUCUCUGUUAAAAGAAUGUAAGAUAAACUCACACAGUCAUCAAAGCUGAAAGAGUAGAUCAGAAUCUCUGAACGGUGUGUUCAGAAACUCUGAUGUUAGGAUGUUUUAUGAAUCUGUAAAUGUUCCAUGGAAAAAAAUAUUAGAAUGAAGCAUGCUAUUAGACAUUCAACUUUCAAAUUUUAAUUGUGAUCUUGUGAAAUGUGAUGUGCAUGGAUCCAUUUAUACAGACAGAUUAUCAACAUUUGCUUGCCUGUUUGUCUACUGAACAAUAAAUCAUUCAUCAUUCCAGAA